AUGACGCUCUUCCAGCUCGGCAUCUGCGCCGGCUCCAUCUACACCACCUUCUUGAUAUGGGGCCUUCUGCAGGAACGAAUCACCAAGACACCAUACAUUUCACACGCGACACUGCUGCAUCCAAAUCCACAGCCAGAUUACUUUCGCUCGCCACUCUUUCUCAACACAGUGCAGGCACUGUUCUCCUCCAUCAUCGCUUGCAUCUACCUUCUCUUGCGGAAUCGCGGCUCGGGCAAGCCUGUUUCGCACAUUCUCGGCCUGCAUACCCUCACUCCGAACGGCAUUCCAUCGCAAAAGCAAAAUGGGUCCUCAUCGACAGCUAACGGUGCGACCGUGUCUACGCAGUCGCGCUGGAUCUCGCCGCUUCUCUCACGCUACAUCCUCAUUGCUGCUCUCCAAAGCACCGCCUCGCAACUCGGCUUCCUCAGCCUCCGCUACAUCUCCUACCCGACACUCACGUUGGCAAAAUCAUGCAAGCUGGUCCCAGUACUCGUCAUGAAUGUCGUGCUGUACAGGCGCAAGUUCGCAGCGUACAAGUACGCCGUCGUGGGAUUGGUCACGCUGGGCAUCUGGCUCUUUAUGGCCUUCGCACCCGCGAAACCGGGCAAGAAGGCCAACGGUCCCGAGAGCAGCAGCGUCAUCGGUCUUCUGCUCUGCUUGCUCAAUCUCGUCCUGGAUGGAGCCACCAACAGCACUCAGGACCAAGUCUUCUCCAAGUUUGGCCGCAAGACAGUCUCUGCGGGCCAGAUGAUGCUCGUCAUGAACGCCAUCUCUGCGCUCCUUAUGGCACUUACCCUGUUCCUGCCGCUACCUUUCCUCUCGACUGCAGGUCAACCCACGCAGCUGUCGACAGCACUAGCCUUCACGCACAAACAUCCCGAGGUCUGGCGCGACAUCAUCGCCUAUGCGCUCGCCGGAGCCGUGGGCCAGGUCUCCAUCUUCGAAACGCUCGAACGCUUCGGCAGCCUCACGCUCGUGUCGAUCACAGUGACGAGGAAGCUCUUCACCAUGCUCCUGUCCGUUGUGGUGUACAAGCACGAGCUGAGCAGCCUGCAGUGGGUCGGUGUGGCCGUGGUCUUUGCAGGAAUUGGCAUCGAAGCGAGGGAAAAGAGACGCGAAGGUCUGGCUAAGAAGGUGGUCAACGACGAGAAGAAGGCGCUGGCUAAGGAUGCGUGA